ACCCCCUGCAGUCACGUGACCCGCUCCGCUGUCAUCCUGCUGCCGCGGCUAGCUGAGCUCCGACCCGCUUCAGAAACCUGCUCCUCUCUGCUCCACGAUGGCGACGCUGGUGGCCAACAGGGCGAUGGACGUGAACGGGCUGGCCGGCGCGGCGCGGACCCACACCCAGGCCGUGACCAGGAAUUACAUCUCCCAGCCCAGGCUGACUUACUCCACCGUGUCGGGGGUGAACGGACCGCUGGUGAUCCUGGAUAACGUGAAGUUUCCCAGAUACGCCGAGAUCGUCCACCUGACGCUGCCGGACGGCACCAAGAGGAGCGGCCAGGUCCUGGAGGUGAUCGGAACCAAGGCCGUGGUUCAGGUGUUCGAAGGAACGUCCGGCAUCGACGCCAAGAAGACGGCCUGCGAGUUCACCGGCGACAUCCUGCGCACGCCGGUGUCGGAGGACAUGCUGGGACGGGUUUUUAACGGCUCGGGGAAGCCCAUCGACCGCGGGCCCAGCGUGCUGGCCGAGGACUACCUGGACAUCAUGGGUCAGCCCAUCAACCCCCAGUGCCGCAUCUACCCCGAGGAGAUGAUCCAGACCGGCAUCUCGGCCAUCGACGGCAUGAACAGCAUCGCCAGAGGCCAGAAGAUCCCCAUCUUCUCUGCUGCUGGGCUGCCGCACAACGAGAUUGCUGCUCAGAUCUGUCGCCAGGCCGGCCUGGUGCAGAAAUCCAAGGAUGUGAUGGACUACAGCGCCGACAACUUCGCCAUUGUGUUCGCAGCCAUGGGGGUCAACAUGGAAACCGCCCGUUUCUUCAAGUCUGACUUCGAGGAGAACGGCUCCAUGGACAACGUCUGCCUCUUCCUCAAUCUGGCCAACGACCCCACCAUCGAGCGUAUCAUCACGCCCCGCCUGGCGCUCACCACAGCGGAGUACCUGGCCUACCAGUGUGAGAAGCACGUCCUGGUCAUCCUCACCGACAUGAGCUCCUACGCCGAGGCCCUGAGAGAGGUGUCGGCAGCUCGGGAGGAGGUCCCCGGCCGCCGCGGCUUCCCCGGCUACAUGUACACCGACCUGGCCACCAUCUACGAGCGCGCCGGCCGGGUGGAGGGCCGCAACGGCUCCAUCACCCAGAUCCCCAUCCUCACCAUGCCCAACGACGACAUCACUCAUCCCAUCCCUGAUCUGACCGGCUACAUCACGGAGGGCCAGGUCUACGUGGACCGGCAGCUGCACAACAGACAGAUCUACCCCCCCAUCAACGUGCUGCCCUCCCUGUCCCGUCUCAUGAAGUCCGCCAUCGGCGAGGGCAUGACCCGGAAGGACCACGCCGACGUGUCCAACCAGCUGUACGCCUGCUACGCCAUCGGGAAGGACGUCCAGGCCAUGAAGGCGGUGGUGGGGGAGGAGGCGCUCACCUCCGACGACCUGCUCUACCUGGAGUUCCUGCAGAAGUUUGAGAAGAACUUCAUCGCUCAGGGUCCCUACGACAACCGGACCGUGUACGAGACUCUGGACAUCGGCUGGCAGCUGCUGCGAAUCUUCCCCAAAGAGAUGCUGAAGAGGAUUCCUCAGAGCACGCUGGCCGAGUUCUACCCCCGAGAGUCUGCCGCCCGCCACUGAGCGUGUCGCCCCCUCCCCCUCAUAUUACCCCCCGGUCCAUCUCAUUACCCCCCUCCCUGUCAUGUUACCCCCUCAGUAGAUGUUGUGUAUCUCUCGGUGUGUGUGUGAACCUGUGGUGAUUACAGAGUGAGCAUAUCGUUGUUGAAUAUUAGAGCAGUCCUUAUUUAUUGGGGCGUUCAUGCUGGAUCUGUUUGUUUGUCCCCCCCCCCAGUGAUGUUUACAUUAUUUACAUUUCUGAUUUGUGUUGAAACACGACGAUCUAAAAGGAAGAGAAACAUUCCCAGCAUUCCGAAGAAGCCGAUUCCCUGGAUGUUUUUGUGUUUGUGUCCAUGAAUAAAUUAAAUUAUGAGACGAA